CAGAGUCCGCAGCUUGAGGAAGGAACCUGCUGGCGUUUUCAAGUUCAAAGAUGUCUCUAAUGGAGGAAUUUCUGAGAAGCACCUCUGGCCCAGUGGCUUUGAAAGGGAGCUCCAACCAGAGACUCUUUAAAGCCUUGACCAUCACAUCCUGAGGGCUGCAGGAGAGGAGAACAUGGCUGUGAGUUUGGAUGAUGACGUGCCCCUCAUCCUGACCUUGGACGAGGGUAGCAGUGCCCCACUGGCGCCCUCCAACAGCCUGGGCCAAGAGGCGCUGCCUAGCAAAAAUGGGGGCAGCCAUGCCAUCCACGACUCCCAGACUCCCAGUCUGAGCUCCGCGGGCGAGAGUUCCCCCUCCACGCCCACCAGACCCAACUGGGAGAUGAAUUAUCAAGAGGCAGCGAUCUACCUCCAGGAAGGCGAGAAUAACGACAAGUUCUUCACCCACCCCAAGGAUGCCAAAGCGCUGGCGGCCUACCUCUUUGCACACAACCACCUCUUCUACCUGAUGGAGCUGUCCACGGCCCUGCUGCUGCUGCUGCUCUCCCUGUGCGAGGCCCCCGCCGUCCCCGCGCUGCGGCUCGGCAUUUACGUCCACGCCACCCUGGAGCUGUUCGCCCUGACAGUGGUAGUGUUCGAGCUCUGCAUGAAGUUGCGCUGGCUGGGCCUGCACACCUUCAUCCGGCACAAACGGACCAUGGUCAAGACUUCCGUGCUGGUGGUGCAGUUCGUCGAGGCCAUCGUGGUGUUGGUACGGCAGACGUCCCAUGUGCGGGUGACCCGGGCACUGCGCUGCAUUUUCCUGGUGGACUGUCGGUACUGCGGUGGCGUCCGGCGCAACCUGCGGCAGAUCUUCCAGUCUCUGCCGCCCUUCAUGGACAUCCUCCUGCUGCUGCUCUUCUUCAUGGUCAUCUUCGCCAUCCUCGGUUUCUACUUGUUCUCCCCUAAUCCUUCAGACCCCUACUUCAGCACCCUGGAGAACAGCAUCGUCAGCCUGUUCGUCCUCCUGACCACGGCCAAUUUCCCAGAUGUGAUGAUGCCCUCCUACUCCCGGAACCCCUGGUCCUGCGUCUUCUUCAUCGUGUACCUCUCCAUCGAGCUGUACUUCAUCAUGAACCUGCUUCUGGCCGUGGUGUUUGACACCUUCAACGACAUCGAGAAACGCAAGUUCAAGUCUCUGCUGCUGCAUAAGCGAACCGCCAUCCAGCAUGCCUACCGCCUGCUGCUCAGCCAGCGGAGGCCUGCCGGCAUCUCCUACAGGCAGUUCGAAGGCCUCAUGCGCUUCUACAAGCCCCGGAUGAGCGCGAGGGAGCGCCUGCUCGCUUUCAAGGCCCUGAAUCAGAACGACACACCCCUGCUCAGCCUAAAGGACUUUUAUGAUAUCUAUGAAGUUGCUGCCUUGAAGUGGAAGGCAAAGAGAAACAGAGAGCACUGGUUUGAUGAGCUUCCCAGGACGGCCUUCCUCAUCUUCAAAGGCAUUAAUAUCCUCGUGCAGUCCAAGGCCUUCCAGUAUUUCAUGUACUUGGUGGUGGCAGUCAAUGGUAUGUGGAUCCUCGUGGAGACGUUUAUGCUGAAAGGUGGGAACUUCUUCUCCAAACACGUGCCCUGGAGUUACCUCGUCUUUCUUACUAUCUACGGGGUGGAGCUGUUCCUGAAAGUCGCGGGCUUGGGCCCCGUGGAGUACCUGUCCUCCGGAUGGAACUUGUUCGACUUCUCCGUCACGGUGUUCGCCUUCCUGGGACUGCUGGCUCUGGCCCUCAACAUGGAGCCCUUCUAUUUCAUAGUGGUCCUGCGUCCCCUCCAGCUGCUAAGGCUGUUUAAAUUGAAAAAGCGUUACCGCAACGUGCUGGACACCAUGUUCGAGCUGCUGCCGCGGAUGGCCAGCCUGGGCCUCACGCUGCUCAUCUUUUACUACUCCUUCGCCAUCGCGGGCAUGGAAUUCUUCUGCGGCAUCCUCUACCCCAACUGCUGCAACACUAGCACAGUGGCAGACGCCUACCGCUGGCUCAAUCACACCGUGGGCAAUAGGACCGUGGUGGAGGAAGGCUACUACUAUCUCAAUAAUUUCGACAACAUCUUGAACAGCUUUGUGACCUUGUUCGAGCUCACCGUUGUCAACAACUGGUACAUCAUCAUGGAAGGUGUCACCUCGCAGACCUCCCACUGGAGCCGCCUUUACUUCAUGACCUUUUACAUCGUGACCAUGGUGGUGAUGACCAUCAUCGUCGCCUUCAUCCUCGAGGCCUUCGUCUUCCGCAUGAACUACAGCCGCAAGAACCAGGACUCGGAAGUUGACGGUGGCAUCACUCUUGAGAAGGAAAUCUCCAAAGAAGAGCUGGUUGCUGUCCUGGAGCUCUACCGGGAGGCACGAGGGGCCUCCUCUGAUGUCACCCGGCUGCUCGAGACCCUCUCCCAGAUGGAGAAAUACCAGCAAAAUUCCAUGGUGUUUCUGGGACGGCGAUCAAGGACCAAAAGCGACCUGAGCCUGAAGAUGUACCAGGAGGAGAUACAGGAGUGGUACGAGGAGCACGCCAGGGAGCAGGAGGAGCAGCAGCGGCCAAGCGACAGCGGCGUCACCCCCACCUCCCAGCAGCCCCCGGGCAGCCGCCAGCGCUCCCAGACCGUCACCUAGCCCAGCGCCCAGAAGCCAUCUCGUCUAUGCAAUAACACAAUAGUAUUA